AUGGACCUGCUCCCGGCCCAGGAGGCGUCGCGCAUCUACCACACCAACUAUGUGAGGAAUUCCCGGGCCAUUGGCGUCCUCUGGGCCGUGUUCACCGUGUGUCUGGCCAUCAUCGCGGUGGUGGUGUUCAUCCAACCCUUCUGGAUCGGCGACAGCGUCGACACACCGCAGGCGGGCUACUUCGGCCUUUUCCACUACUGCAUCGGCAACGCGCUCAACUCGGAGCUCACCUGCAAGGGCAGCUUGCUGGAUUUUGGCUCCAUCCCAUCACCGGCCUUCCGUGCCGCCAUGUUCUUCGUGGCCACGUCCAUGAUGCUGGUGGUGGGCACCACGGUCUGCUUCAGCCUCUUCUUCUUCUGCAACGCCGGCAGCGUCUACAAGAUUUGCGCCUGGAUGCAGCUGGCCUCUGCCAUUUUGAUGGUGAUGGGCUGCAUGAUUUAUCCCGACGGCUGGGACGCCCCCGAGGUGAAGAGGAUGUGCGGCCAGGGGACGGACAAGUACAGCUUGGGGAACUGCACGGUGCGCUGGGCUUACAUCUUGGCCAUCAUCAGCAUUCUGGACGCUCUCCUGCUGGCAUUUCUCUCCUUUACGUUGGGCAACCGGCAGGACAAACUGCUGCCGGAAGACUUUGAGCUGGAGGGCGCAGGUAGGCAUGCGUGUCUCAACAGAGGAGGGGCACAUUGGAAGGGGCCAAGAGACCCUUUUCACUGUUCAGUUGCUAAUCAACUUCCAGAAUGCACCGCAAUGUUUUUAAACACCAACUCAGUCAUGCAGAAUUGAAUCACCAGGCUGUCCAGUUACACUUAUGUGCAGAUCUCUGCGUAUGGCAUGCAACCAAAAACAAAUAUCCCUACGUUGCUGAUACACUGAUUCCAAUUUUUUUUUUAUAAUUGUCUCUAUAACAGAAUUAUGCAGAUUUUCAUGCCCCACAGCCACAUCAAGCAAAAAAAAUUACGUUAAAACGUGUGCACAGCAAAGGAUUUGCAACCACAUAUCAAUAAGUUAAAGUUUAUGUUUCAGUUUAAUUUAUGUUCAUUUGUCCCAUUACUUUUGGUCCCUUAAAAGGUGGGAGGCAUAUCUACAAACUGUUGUAAUUCCUACACAGUUCACCUGAUAUGGAAGUAAAUAGUCUCAAAUUAAAGCUGAACGUCUGAAGUUAAAUCACAUCUUGUUUGUUUCCUUUCAAAUCCACUGUGGUGGUGUUUCGAGAAAAAAAGAUAUAUUGAAGAUAUAAGAAUAUUUAUGGACCUGAGUGUAUAUCUAUCCAUUCUCUUCGUCUUAUCCAGAGUCAGGUCGCGGGGACAACAGCUUUAGCAGGGAAGCCCUCUCCACAGCCACUUUGUCCAGCUCUUCCGGGGGAAUCCUGAGGCGUUCCCAGGUCAGUCGGGAGACAGUCUCUCCAGCGUGUCCUGGGUCCUUCCCAGGGUCUCAUCCCUGGGGUUUCCUCCCAGUGGAACAUGCCUGCAACACCUCACCGGGGAGGCAUCUAGGAGGCAUCCUAACCAGAUGUCCGAGCCACCUCAUCUGGUUCCUGUCAAUGUGGAGGAGCAAUGGCUAGACUCUGAGCCCCUCUCGGAUGACCAAGCUUCUCACCCGGUCUCUAAGGGAGAGCCCGGACACCGUGUGGAGGAAACUUUAGGCCACUUGUAUCCGCGAUCUUGUUCUUUUGGUCACAACCCACAGCUCGUGACCAUAGGUGAGGGUGGGAACAUAGAUUGCUUGGUACAUUGGGAACUUAAAGAGUCUGCAUCAUUGCAGACACUGCACCAAGAUGCCUGUUGAUCUCCUGAGCCACUCUUCCCUCACUCAUGAACAAGACCCCAAAAUACUUGAAUUCCUUCACUUCGGGCAGAAUAUUAUCCUCGACCCAGAGAAAGUACUCAACCCUUUCCCGACUAAGGACCAUGGCCUCUGAUUUGGAUGUGCUGAUUCUCAUCCCAACGGCUUCACACUUGGCUGUGUACCGCGUCAGUGAGAGUUGGAGAUUGCGGCUUGAUGGAGCCAACAGAACCGCAUCAUCUGCAAAAAGCAGAGAUGCAAUGCUGAGGCCACCAAACUGGAACCCUUUAACGCUUUGGCUGUACCGAGAAAUUAUGUCCAUGAAGGGUAUGAAGACAAUCAGGAGUAGCCUUGGUGGUCUUACCCUAACUGGAAACGAAAAUAACUUACUGCUGGCAUUGCGGACGAGAUUCUGACAACGGUCGUACAGGGAACGAACAGCUCGUAUUAGGAGUCCAGUACCUCAUACUCCCUUCUUAAAAAGGGGGACCACCACCCCAGUCUGCCAAUCCAGAGGCACUGUGUCGAUGUCCACGCAUUGUUGCAGAGGUGUGUCAACCAGUACAGCCCCACAACAUCCAGAGCCUUCAGGAACUCAGAGCGAAUCUCAUCCACCCUCGGGGCCCGUCCACCAAGUUUUUAACCACCUGGGUGACUUCAACCCCAAAGAUAGGAAAGCCCAACUCAGAGUCCCGAGACUCUGCUUCCUAAUAGGAAGGCGCCUCAGUGGAAUUGAGGUCUUAGAAGUAUUAGACCCACUGACUCACAACAUCCAGCGAUGAGGUCAGCAGUGACCCAUCUCCACUAUACACAGUUUUAAUGGUGCACUCCUUCCCCGUCCUGAGAUGCCAGAUGGUGGACCAAAAUUUCCUUGAAGCUGUCCGAAAGUCGUUCUCCAGGACCUCACUGAACUCCUCCCGUGCCUGAGUUUUUGCCUCACCGACCACCAAAGCUUCAUUCUGCUUGGCCUGCUGGUACCCAUCAGCUGCCUGCAGAGAAAAAAAAUCACUAAAAAAAUGCUGAGACAAUGAUUGAAUUU